UUUGACCCGGCUCUAGUUUACCUGGAUUGUUUGUGUACAAAGUUCCAAAGUUCCAACAGAACCAUUGUAGUUGCGCUCUUAUCCUGUGAAUAGGACUAAGAAAACCACUUGGAGACUUUCUGUUAAUACCCGAACAAAGGUUUGAAAUCAUUGAAAGCUGUCUUUUAUGCGGAAGACUUGCAGAAGUUUCAAUAUCCAGGAGUAUUUUCUUGAGAUAUGUGGCAUUGUUCUUACCACGUGCACCUGUGCUAUUUGUGCACGCUUGUUCUAGCGUUCUUCGGCUACAGUUGUAAUGGUAGGAUCUCGUGCCUCGAUGGUGAAGGGGCUCCUGUGGACUGGUUCAUAAUUUACAAGCUACCAGCCCUACCUGACCACAAGGACCCCCAUGUGCAGAAAGGGCGGGGCCACCUGUACAUGGAUGCGCGGGUGGGGGAGUGGGUGUUACCUGGGACAGAGGUGGGCAGCAGAACAGGUGCGCUGGGACACACCCUCCAACAGAUGUACGACAAUGUCAACAGGAUGAGGCAGGAACAAGGUGCCUACUUUGCAUACAAUGACCAGUGGCCUGAUGGACAGUUGCAUAAGAACAAAGGACAUGCCAAAGGUUCUAUCUUGUUUGACAAGGAAGGAGGGUUCUGGUUGGUGCACAGUCUACCCAGAUUCCCAAACUGGCUGGAAGAGUCAUACACCUGGCCCGUGGGAGACUUCUCCACAAAGUAUGCGCACAUCUUCAUGUGUGUCACAUUUGAACACAACGCCUUUAGAAUGAUCGGAAAGCUUCUCAUGUACAUGGAGCCUGCAAUCUAUGACGCAAGUCUCCCAGCAUCCUUACAGGAGGACAACCCUUACUUCUCCCCGGCUAUGGAUGGGAUUGGGCCUGCCGUGCCACCAUGGAACAAGAAGGCACCUCUGCUGUCAAGAGGAGGGGUCGAUGUUCUCAGUUUCACCAAGUCAAGCAACUACACAGAAGAGAUGUACAAGGCAUUUGUGGGGAAACAUUUGGACUCUGACCUGGCUGUACAGUCCUGGAGGACAUCAAAGGACAGCAUACCCAACUGCUGCUGGAAACCAAAGGUAAAGAAUGUGAAGAAACUGAAGCUCCCUUAUGAUGUGGAGUUUGCAUCCAGCAAGGACAAGUCCAAGUGGGCAGUAACUACGGGGGGCAAGAGCAAGUGGACCUGUAUCGGCGACUUGGACAGACAGGAGCGCGAGAUGAAGCGAGGAGGUGGAACGCUGUGUCUGAAGGUUCCAGGUGUCUGGCAGGCUUUUACUUCUGCAGUAGCAGACACAGAGAAGUGCAAAAAAACUAUCGACAAAAAGACGGAAUUGUGACAACAGUAGAAGCCAUCAGAACAAAGCCUCUACGAAGACUGAUAUAAAAUGAUUUGUCAUUUCUUUCAAUAAAUUGUUGGGUGGCCGUCUACUUACCUACAUAACACAAUCUUCCCACUGUCAGGGUCUCCUCCAAAAGAGCUCCUGGCCAUUCAUCUCCAGCUCUAGAGAACCAUUCACUUAAAACUCCAGAUUCUUUACCACUAUGACAGUCAGUCCAAUAAGGGAUCAGGAUUCCAUCACUAUGUGAACCAGUUAUCAUAGCCCCAACAUCAUGGCAUCAAACAGUUCUCAGUCCGACAAUAAUUGGCCCAUGUUAGUACAUAUGCAUUAAUCAAGAUUAGAGUUUUUUCAAUUCUCCUGAUUUAGAGGUGUUGGGUAUCAAGCUCCUGGCGACCUGACUAAUGAAGGGCUAGGCAGGGUAGGCUUCACUGCUGGAGAACCAAACGUUUUCACUGGCUCUUUUCUUCUCAACUCUUCAUGUAGGGAUGACUUCUGGAUGAUAUCUGUACUGUCAUUUCCCAAAACCAUUGACUAACACAAAUGUAUAUCAUAAAUUGGACUUCCCCCUAGAUUCAAUGAGGCACAGAAUGACUGUUGAGUAACGGAAUACAUUGAACUCUGGUAUAUUUUUUACAAUACAAAACUCUACAUAUGUACAAACUAUAUCAUUAGUCUAGUUUAUCUAGCAUUGUUACAGAGAAGGCAGUUUAUCAAUGUUAUGAAAAAAAAACAAUCAUAAUGCUGGAGGAUGUAAGGCUUUGAUACAAAGACAAAAGUUCCUCCAAAUGUAUGUUUACUCUGAUAUGUUAUCAACUGUAGAACAAUGUCAUUUCUUUCACUAGACACAGACUUGACACUAGUAAAGCCUGAGGAUAGGAAAGACAUAACUAUUGUUUCAUUUGGUGUAGUUGCUCGCGUGCCAACUGUAAUAAAUCUGUUGUUGUACCUUAAAACAA